AUGGAUUUGGAGUCGAAUUCGCAGCCUAUCAAACCCGCGCUGUCGACCGACCAAAGCGUUCAGGAUGCGCGCGAUCUCGCGGCCCUGGGUCAUGAUCAGGCUCUGACGCGCAAAUUUGACAUGUGGAGCAUGUUGGCGCUUGCUUUUUGUGUCCUGGGAACAUAUUCCACCUUCGCGCAAGACCUCAGCAGUGGACUGACCAAUGGCGCUGCGAUCACCAUCCUCUGGGGCCUGGUGCUGGUCACCGCCUGUAACCUCUGCGUGGCGCUCUCGCUGGGCGAACUGACCAGCAGCAUGCCGACCGCUCUCGGCCAGGCCUACUGGGUAUAUCGAUUGUGGAAUACACCGCUGGGCCGGUUUGUCUCGUACAUGUGUGCGUGGAUCAACACGUUCGGCUGGUGGACCUUGUCGGCUUCGCAGGUCGCCUUCAUGACCGAGUUCCUGCUGGGCAUGAAGACCAUGUUCAAGCCCAACUGGGACGGCCCCGACAAGGGCUGGCUGAACUUUGUGAUCUAUAUCGGGGUGGUGGUGCUGUUGACUGUGAUCAAUGUGGUCGGCUGCCGCAAAGACAAGGUGCUGCCCUGGAUCAACAAUUUCGUCGGGGUGUGGUUCGCCGGUCUCUUCGUUAUUCUCUCGAUGGCGCUGUUGAUCUCGGUCGGAGUGAAGAGCGAACUUUCCUUUCAACCCGGCUCCUUUGUUUUCGGUCAGUGGAUCAACCGAACGGGCUGGAGUGACGGUGUCGUCUGGUUCACGGGUCUGGUGCAGGCCGCGUAUGGACUGACUGCGUUCGACUCGGUCAUCCACCUCGUCGAGGAAAUUCCGGCGCCGCGACGGAACGCGCCUCGCGUGAUCUGGAUGGCGGUGCUGUUUGGUGCCAUCACCGGGUUCAUCUUUAUGGUGGUUUGCCUGUUCUGCAUUCAAAACGUGGACCACGUUCUGAAUGCCGACCUGCCAUUCAUCGAGCUCAUGCUCGAAACCGUUGGCCUGAAGGGCGGCGCCACACUGAUUGCCCUCUUUAUUUUCAACGGACUGGGCCAGGGUAUCGGAAUCCUGACCACCGGCUCCCGGUUAACCUGGGGAUUCGCGCGUGACGGCGGCUUGCCAUGGAGCCAGUACUUCAGCCACGUCGACCCAGUCUGGCAAGUUCCGGCGCGGGCACUGUGGGGACAAGGGGUCCUGAUCGGCCUUGUGGGGGUUCUGUAUCUGUUCGCCAACACGGUGCUCGAAGCCAUCCUGAGCGUCAGCACCAUCGCCCUGACCGUGUCCUAUGCCAUCCCGAUCCUGGCCUUGCUAGUCACAGGCCGUGAUCGCCUGCCCCCUGGAUCAUUCCAUCUCGGGCGCUGGGGCCCCUGGCUGAACUGGAUCAGUAUCGUCUAUUGCAUCAUCACCACCAUCUUCUUCCUCUUCCCCGGCAGUCCUAACCCACCACCCAGCGAUAUGAAUUACGCCAUUGCCGUGUUCGGAGUGAUGCUGGUCAUCGCCGUGGCUUUCUGGUUUAUCCAGGGUAGCCGUACCUACCUCCAGACCGAGGAUGCUAUCGCGCAGAUGGUCGUCGCGCAGCAAUUGGAAGUCGCCGAAGCUGCUGCCGAGACGCCCGCUGCAGACAAAAAGUAA